AUGCCAUCUGGCCCUCUAUCGGACGUUGAACUGGCGGAUGUACCGCGUACCACAGUUCCCCGGUCGGAGUGGAUCCCUGGUUAUCGUGAUCCAUUCUCCCUGCACUUCCCUCGACCUGGCGAGGCAGGUGCCUGGUAUCCUGGUAUCGAGGACGGAUCCGAUCCUGCAGAUCUACUGGAGGCGUCGACUAUUAUGGACGCGGCCGAUCGAUGGCGUAAUCACUUUCGUGACGUGGCAGGGGAUUGUCCGGCGCUUGGGAUCGCUCGCUUGCGUGGCAAGUGCAUGCCCAUUCUUCCUGAUCGUAUCCUGCCAUUAUGUAUUGGGUAG